UUGCGCAGUGCAGCAAAGGGGGACAAUGGAGCAGCACCGAUGCUCCUGCAGCUGCGGGGCGUCAUGUUGCACAGGCGGGGGUCGGCAGCCGAGGAGCCUGUCCGCCAGGGGCACCAAGGCACUCCUCCCCUUCUCGCCCUACAUCCAAGCAAUGAACGAGGCCAAGAGCUUCGCCUGGUCUCCUACCAAUCCCCAUGGCUACUUCCUGAUGGCAACGGCAGAAAGUGUUCUCUCCUUCGACUUAAUCCACGACAAGAUCAGGAGCUGCAGGGAGAUCCCACCCACAGCUGGGCUGUACAGCAACUUUAGAGGUGGACAAGCACUGAGAAAUGCGCUCGCCAAGAUGAUGCAAAGGACGUUCAUGGGUGUUGAGAUCGACCCCUCGCACAUUUGCAUCUCAAGUGGUGUCACAGCUGUGCUCGAUCUUUUCUUCUUUGCAACCUGCGACCCAGGAGAUGGCUGUUUGAUUCCUGCCCCUUAUUUCCCAGCGUUUGACAAUGACAUGAACAUUCGAAACGAGGUAGCGCCGCUGCCGGUGCAACCUAAAGACACACAUACGUACAUUCCUACCGUUGCUGAGAUGGAUGCAGCUGUUGACGAGGCUGCAAAGAGAAACGUCCGCGCCAGAGUUUUGCUCAUCACCAAUCCUGGCAACCCGCUGGGGACACUGUAUCCCGAAGCUACACUCAAGGAGCUUUUGCUAUGGGCCGUUCGAAGGGAAAUGCAUGUCCUUUCGGAUGAAAUCUACGCCAAUUCCAAGUUUGGCACAUCAGAGGACGAGUUUGUGAGCUUGGAGAAGGUGGCGCAAAACGCCGUGGAGGAAAAGCUUCUGUCACCCGAGAUGGUUGCCGAGUUUGUCCAUACAGCAUAUGGCAUGAGCAAAGAUUUCGGGAUGAACGGGUUCCGGGUGGGGUGCCUUCACACGAAAAACGGAGACCUCUUGAAUCUAUGGCAAAACAUGGGAAUGUUUGCAGCCGUGUCCAACGACACACAGCAUGCUCUGGCAGUCAUGCUCCAAGACGAUACCUUUGUUGACUUUUACGUGGAGGAGAACAAGAGGCGUUUGAAGAAUUCCUACAAUCUUCUCACAAGUGCGUUCACUUCUGUCAAGCUAAACUACAUGCCUGCAUGCGCAGCAAUGUUUUGUUGGCUGGACCUACGAAGUCUGUUAACCGAGUGCACGUUUGAAGCCGAGCGAGCAUUAUGGAAGGAGAUUCUCGAGGACUGUAAGGUGCUCUUGACUCCAGGAGAAGCAUGCCACUAUGCUGAGCCAGGAUUCUUCCGCGUCUGCUAUGCGUCCAUGCCACCGGAGCACCUCCAGGUUGCUUGCACUCGCUUGACAUCGUUUGUAGAGAAGAAAAGGCGCAAAAGAAAGUUGUCGAGCGCGUGAGUCACAUAGUUUUAAGUUUGAUCUUACAUCACGUCUCUCUAAGGAACUAGAAUUUGCCGACCAUGAGAAGGAAGUCUUUCGGAAAAUUUUCUA